UGUUUCUCUGCUACUCUGAUAUUCCCAAUGCCGGAAGCAGAUUGAACCCAUAAUUCUUUUGCAAUUGUAUCAGAUUGCUUUGGACUGUUUUUUCUUGAGCUGAGGGUCUAUCGGAAACAACUUCUCUACCUCUGAGGUAAAGUAAGGGGUUGACUAUCUGAGGGAUGGACACUUUUGAAAAAGAUGAGAUGCCGAUGUUAUCACCAUCAUAUCCACAGUCUGAUGGAAAUGACGCCUUUCAAAAUCGACGUUCUACGUACAGGACAAGGAGUGCAUCCCUGUCAAUGCCAAUGAGCUCUAUGGAUUCAUUUGAAAAUGAUAGUAGUUAUGUAGGCUAUACUGGUCCUUUGAGAAGUGAGAGGCGAACUUCAUUGGUUCAAAUGAGUGGGCCAUUAUAUAUUGGUCGCGAGCCUGAGAAUAGCUUUCGGCCCACUCCCGCUUCAGUAGUGCAUAAACCAACUCUGCCUACAACAGAAAAAUAUCCUUCAAUUAGCAGUGCAGAACGAAAUGGUUGGCGUAAUAAUGACUACACUGGGAAAAAUGAACAUCUCUUUAAGUCUGGACAACUGGGCAUGUGCAACGAUCCGUAUUGCACAACAUGUCCAACCUAUUACCCUUUAAAAGCACGGCAAAAUAAUUUGAAGUCUUCAGAUAUAUUUGAUCACAAGUUCCAUAAUGUGCUGUAUGGAGAUGCCAAAGGAUGGGCGAAGAGAACUUGUUCUUUCUUGCAUCCAUAUAUUCCUGGCAUCAUGAAUCCUCAUGCGAAGAUUGUCCAGAAGUGGAACAAAUUUUUUGUCAUCUCAUGCCUAUUUGCAGUAUUUAUUGAUCCCCUGUUCUUCUUUUUGCUUUGUGUCCAAAAGGGGAACAAAUGCAUAAUGCUAAAUUGGCCCCUCACAACAACUAUUGUGAUUUUGAGGAGCAUCACUGAUAUCAUCUACUUAAUGCACAUCCUUCUUCAGUUCCGAUUAGCUUAUGUUGCCCCUGAAUCUAGGGUGGUGGGAGCAGGUGACCUGGUUGACCACCCUAAAAAGAUUGCUAUAAACUAUCUCUCGGGAUACUUUGUUGUUGACUUCUUUAUCGUAUUACCACUUCCUCAGAUCAUCAUAUUGCUGAUUUUACCCAAGUCUAUUGCAUCAUCUGGGGCAAAUUAUGCGAAGAAUCUACUGAGGGUUGCUAUACUACUCCAGUACAUUCCCAGGUUGUGCAGGUUUUUGCCUUUGAUAGCUGGCCAGUCUCCAAGUGGUUUUGUAUUUGAGUCUGCAUGGGCAAAUUUUUUCAUAAAUCUUCUCACUUUUGUUUUAUCAAGCCAUGUGGUGGGCUCAUGCUGGUAUCUUUUUGGUUUACAGAGGGUGAAUCAAUGUCUUCGAGAUGCUUGUCGUGAAUCAAAGAUAGCGAGGUGUGUGGAAUUCAUAGACUGUGGUCAUGGCAACGACUACAAAAAUUUUUGGAGGGAUCCAACAUGGGAUCAGUGGAAGAACAAUUCUGAUGCAGUUGCUUGUUUUACUAAUGGAGGUUUUGACUAUGGAAUCUAUGAACAAGCUGUUAACCUAACCACUGAAGGGAGUGUUGUCACAAGAUAUGUGUACUCGUUGUUUUGGGGAUUCCAGCAAAUUAGUACACUAGCUGGCAAUCAAGUCCCAAGUUAUUUUGAGUGGGAAGUUUUGUUCACAAUGGCUAUCAUCGGAAUGGGACUCCUGUUUUUUGCCCUCCUGAUUGGAAACAUGCAAAACUUUCUGCAGUCUCUAGAUCGCAGGAGGUUAGAAAUGUCUCUGAGACGUCGUGAUGUUGAACAAUGGAUGAGCCAUAGGCGCUUGCCAGUAGAACUGAGAAGGCAAGUUCAAGAGGCAGAGAGAUAUAACUGGGCAGCUACCCGAGGGGUCAAUGAAGAAAUGCUACUAGAGAAUCUUCCUGAAGACCUUCAAAGAGAUAUAAGGAGACAUCUUUUUAAAUUCAUCAAAAAGGUUCGAAUAUUUGCACUUCUAGAUGAACCUAUUAUAGAUGCCAUCUGUGAGAGAUUGAGACAGAAAACAUACAUAGAAGGAAGCAAAGUUUUAUACCGUGGUGGUCUAGUUGACAAGAUGGUUUUCAUAAUUCGGGGUAAGAUGGAAAGCAUUGGAGAAGAUGGAAAUGUGGCCUCCUUGUCUGAAGGGGAUGCCUGUGGGGAAGAACUCCUCACAUGGUGCCUUGAGCAUUCUUCUAUAAACAGAGAUGGGAAAAAGGUCAGAAUUCCAGGACACAGAUUGCUGAGCAACAGACUAGUCAGGUGCCUAACAAAUGUUGAAGCAUUUACAUUACGAGCUUCAGAUCUUGAAGAAGUCACUAAUCUUUUCGCAAGAUUCUUGAGGAGUCCACGUGUCCAAGGUGCCCUAAGAUAUGAAUCUCCAUAUUGGCGAGGGCUGGCAGCAAGGCGGAUACAAGUUGCCUGGAGAUACAGGAAGAAACGUCAAAGCCGAACAGACUCUUCCAGCCCCCAACACUAAUAUACUACUAUCAAUGCUAACUAUUUCUUCUGCCAAAUGCUUUUUAGUCUGUAUAUCUAUAUUUAUUCUUUGUUGUAUGUAGUAACAUAUGUAUAGUACUUAUUUGCCAAUCAAAACUGAGACUGAAAUUUUGUAUUGAAUAACCUAUAUAUCCCAGGAGAACAGAUUACUAAA